CACUGCUGGCGCGCAACGACGCUUGCGAAGAACGCAAAAAUUCUUAUUUAUUUACAUCACGCGAGACCAAAGUGAAUUCCGCUGCACAAAAGUGCCCCUCAAAGUGCUUAGAACCUAGUUAAGUUAUUGUUUAUUAUUUUAUUGUUGCUGCACUACUAAGCAGCCGAGAAAAAGUGAGCUCGUCGGUGUGCCUUUGUCGCUUUUGUGUGCGUGUGCCUGAGUGUUGUGCCGUGUGUGAGUGUUGGUGUGUCGCCUGCGAAAAAUCGAAGUUAUUGCAUUGCGCAGCCCUCUAAAAACCGCUGCCCCUGGCCAGCUGUCCGCCCCCGCCACGCCCCCCGCUGCAAGGCGUCACUCGGAUCUUAUCCCCAUUCUGAUGAAUGUUGGUUGAGACCUGAACCGAGCAGACCACUGAGAAGAAUCCGCUGCUCAGAACGAAUUGAGUAGCAUCCGGAGCAGCAGCAUGGCCGAGGAUACGGAGUACAAGAAGCUGCCGGUGGAGGAGCGGUGUGUCCACAAGCUGUGGAAGGCCCGCGUCGAUGGCUACGAGGAGGCGGCCAAGCUCUUCCGCGACCUGGACGACGAGAAGUCGCCGGAAUGGUCCAAGUUCGCCGGGCUCAUCAAGAAGAUGGUCGUCGACUCGAAUGCCAUGGCCCAGGAGAAGGGUCUGGAGGCGGCCCUGAUCUUUGUGGAGAACAGUGGGCUGGCCGGACGCACAGUGGGCGAUGUGAUGACCGGCAUUGUCCAGAAAUGCAUUGCCGCCCCAAAGACAAAGACCAAGGAGCUCUCCGUUCAGGUGGCCUUGAUGUAUGUGGAGAUCGAGAAGCAGGAGGCCGUCGUCGAGGAGCUGGUCAAGGGCAUGGAGGCCAAGAACCCCAAGAUUGUGUCCGCCUGCGUGGCAGCCACCACCUUGGCGCUCCGGGAAUUCGGUCACAAGGUGAUCGGCGUCAAGCCGCUGAUCAAGAAGCUCGCCCCACUGAUGUCGGAUCGCGACAAGGCUGUUCGAGAUGAGGGCAAGCAGCUGGCCGUGGAGAUAUACCGCUGGAUCGGAGCCGCCAUGAAGCCGCAGAUCUCGGCGCUGCCACAGGUGACGCUCAAGGAGCUGGAGGAUGAGUUCGAGAAGCUCAAGGGCGAACGGGCCGAGCCCUCUAGAUAUCUGAAAUCCCAGCAGGAAAAGCAAGCCAAGAUAGCCGAUGCAGCUGCUGUCGAAGAUGCCUAUAAUGAAGAAGAUGGCGAGGCUGGGGCCGAGGAAAUCGAUCCCAUUGAUCUACUCGAUCCCGUUGACAUACUCUCCAAAAUGCCCAAGGACUUUUACGACAAGUUAGAAGAAAAGAAGUGGACGCUGCGUAAGGAAUCGCUGGAGGUCCUGGAGAAGCUGCUCACCGACAAUCCCAAGCUGGAGAACGGCGAGUAUGGAGCACUGGUGAGCGCCCUCAAGAAGGUGAUUACCAAGGACUCCAAUGUGGUCCUAGUGGCGAUGGCCGGCAAAUGUCUGGCACUGCUGGCCAAGGGAUUGGCUAAGCGGUUCUCAAACUACGCAUCGGCCUGUGUCCCAUCUCUUUUGGAGAAAUUCAAGGAGAAGAAACCCAAUGUUGUGACCGCUUUGCGCGAGGCCAUCGAUGCCAUCUACGGCUCCACUUCGCUGGAGGCCCAGCAAGAGUCGAUUGUCGAGUCGCUGGCCAAUAAGAAUCCAAGUGUUAAGUCCGAAACGGCCUUGUUUUUGGCUCGCGCCCUGACCCGCACUCAGCCAGCGGCGCUAAACAAGAAGCUGCUCAAGCUGCUGGCCACCAGUUUGGUUAAGACCCUCAACGAACCGGAUCCCACGGUUCGCGACAGCAGCGCCGAAGCUCUGGGCACGCUGAUGAAGCUAAUGGGCGAGAAGGCGGUGACUCCGCUGCUCGCCGACGUGGAUCCCUUGAAGAUGGCGAAGAUCAAGGAGUGUCACGACAAGGCGGAGAUCAAGAUAAAGGUUGCUGGUCCCAAGAAGGAGGCAAGACCUGCAUCAGCUCCAGCUGCCAAAGCAGCUGCUCCGGCCAAGGCCACGGCGGGCAGUGUGGAGCCCAAGCCAGUUACCCGACCGGCGACUACAGGAGCACGAAAGGUGCUCAAGAAACCUGCGGCUGGAGCUGUUGGCGGCGGUGCAUCUGCCCCGGCGGCAGCCGCAAAGGCAACCGGAAAAGCCCUGGCCACGGAAAGGGAACUAACACCCGAGGAUUUGCAGGAAAGGUCCGAGGAAAUUCUGCCAGCCGACAUACUCAAUGGAUUAGUGGACUCCAAUUGGAAGAACCGCCUGGCUGCCGUGGAGCAGCUGCAGGGCGAAAUCACCGGCUUCGAUGCCAAACAGGCGGACAUUUCACAGAUCCUCAUCCGCACAAUCAGCGGACGCAAGCCGGGCCUCAAGGAAAUGAAUUUCCAGGUGCUCAAGAUCAAGCUGGACAUCAUUCGCAGUGUGGCCGAGAACUAUCCGCUGACCACGACGACCGUCGAUCUGGUUGUGAAUGAAAUUACAGAGAAGCUGGCCGAUGCCAAGAAUGGAGCAGCAGCUGCCGAUGUUUUGACCGCCUUUGCAGAAGCCACCAAACUCGAGUACAUUGUGGGCAAAGUGCUGAGCUUUGCCUUCGAGCAAAAGUCGCCAAAAGUUCAGUCGGAGGCCUUCAACUGGGUGGGCAAAGCCAUCACAGAGUUCGGCUUCCAGUUGCAGCCAAAGACGCUCAUCGAGGAUGUGCGAAAGGGCGUGCAGAGCACAAACCCAACGGUUCGUGCCGCUGCCAUUCAGCUCGUGGGAACCAUGUCCAUGUAUAUGGGCAAUGCGCUGAUGAUGUUCUUCGACAGCGAGAAGCCUGCGCUAAAAUCCCAGAUCCAAGUGGAGUUUGACAAGAAUGUGGGCGAGAAACCACCCAAGCCGGUGAGGGGAGUUCAGCGGAGCAGCGGUGGUACUUCCCCGGACAACGAAGACGACGAUGAAGGGGCAGCCGGCGAUGAAGAGCCCAUUAACAUGGCUGAUCUUCUGCCGCGCGUUGACAUUGCCCCGCAAAUCACAGAGGCUCUGCUGAAGGAAAUGUCCGACAAGGACUGGAAGACGCGCAACGAGGGACUCACUAAGCUGCAGGCCAUCAUUUCGGAGGCGCGGCUAAUCAAACCCAGCAUCGGCGAUUUGGCGCCUGCUUUGGCCCACCGCCUGGUGGAUUCCAAUGCCAAGAUUGCCCAGACGACGCUGGCCAUUUGCGAGCAGCUGGCCACGGCCAUGGGCGCUGGGUGCCGCAACCAUGUGCGCACCCUGUUCCCCGGAUUCCUGCACGCCCUGGGCGAUAACAAGAGUUUUGUAAGGGCUGCCGCUCUCAAUUGCAUCAAUAGCUUUGGCGAAAAGGGCGGCUACAAGGAGUUCUUCGAGAGCGAAAUGAUUGCCGAUGCUCUGAAAGGAGGCUCUCCCGCUCUGAAGACCGAAUUGUGGGCUUGGCUGGCGGACAAGCUGCCUGGCCUUCCACCCAAAUCCGUGUCCAAGGAGGAUCUCCAUUCGAUGGUGCCGCACCUGUACGCUCACAUCUGCGAUCGCAAUGCCGAUGUGCGAAAGAACGCCAACGAGGCGGUGCUGGGCAUCAUGAUUCACCUGGGUUUCGACGCCAUGAGCCGAGCUCUCGACAAGCAGAAGCCCGCUUCGAAAAAGGAUAUACAGGCGGCCCUGGAGAAGGCGCGUCCCAAUCUCCCGGUGAAGCCGCUGCCCAAGGGCAAGCAGCAGGCGCCGAUUCCCGAGGAGCCCAAGGCGAAGACAGUGCGCGGUGGCGGGGCCGGAGGAAUCCAGAAGAGUGCCUCUGCCCGGGCAGCUGGAGGACAGGACAAAUUGCCGGCACCUGCGCGCAAGAAGGACGAGGAUGUCGACACAUCACCGCUGCUGGCUGCAAACAAUUCCAAGAACCAGCGACUGCUGGACGAGCAGAAAAUGAAGGUGCUCAAGUGGACAUUCGUGACGCCGCGAGAGGAGUUCACCGACUUGUUGCGCGACCAGAUGAUGGCGGCCAAUGUGAAUAAGGCGCUGAUAGCCAACAUGUUCCACGACGAUUUUCGCUACCACUUGAAAGUAAUCGAGCAGUUGGGCGAAGAUCUGCCUGGCAACAGUAAGGCUUUGGUUUGCAAUCUGGACCUGAUACUCAAAUGGUUGACGCUGCGCUUCUACGAUACGAACCCUUCUGUGCUGAUUAAGGGUCUCGAAUAUCUGUCGCAGGUCUUCCAGAUGCUCAUCGACCAGGAAUACAUUCUGGCCGAGAACGAGGGCAGCUGCUUUGUGCCCCACCUGCUUUUGAAGAUGGGAGAUCCAAAGGAUGCCGUGCGGAAUGCAGUACGUCGUGUGCUGCGGCAAGUUAUAUUGGUCUUCCCCUUUGUCAAGGUCUUUGCCUACGUGAUGGAGGGCCUCAAAUCGAAGAAUGCCCGUCAGCGCACCGAGUGCCUGGACGAGUUAUCCUUCUUGAUUGAGACCUACGGCAUGAACAUUGCUCCCCAGGCGGCGGUGCGUGAGAUUGCUCGCCAGAUCUCCGACCGGGAUAAUUCCGUGCGCAAUGCCGCCCUCAACUGCAUCGUCCAGGUGUUCUUCCUGUCCGGCGAAAAGACUUACAAGAUGAUCGGGCAUCUCAACGAGAAGGAUCUGUCCAUGCUGGAUGAGCGCAUCAAGAGGGCCAAGAAGACGAAGAAGCCGACGCCUCCGGCCUCUGUGGAUAUGCCCACGGGCAGGCCGGCGGCAGCUCAGCGGCAUGACAGCAUCGAGAUCGAGGAUGCGGAGGUGGGCAACGGCUGCGACGAGCUGCCGCCACCGGACGAAGAGGGUUUGCAGCGGGCGUUAAAUACGCGUGGGCAGAGCAACCUGACGGAGCGGAGUGCCACCAAUGUGGUUGCCUACUUGAACUCCCUGACUCGACAGGCAACUUUCGAUCAGGCUCCUUCGGCACAGCUACUUCUUCUGCAACAGCAACUUCACCAGCUGCAACAGCAGGCGCAGCAACAAAAGCCCAGCGGACCAUUUGGCUUGGACCCGCAGGUAAUAAGCGAUAUCGAAAAAGACUGGGACCGCGUGGACCAAAUGGAACAGAAGCCGCUGCUGAACGUGGACAUCUCAUCGCUGGACGAGCCCAUUAAAGUGAGGCCAACGCGUGCCGGCAUUCUUUAUCCGCAGGAGAAGUUCGAUCGUCUGGUCUCGCGACAGCAUUACAUGCAGCAAACGUUGACCACCUCUCCGUCGUCCACCGGCGGAAUGACCAGUGGAAUCUCGCCCUAUCGCAGCCCCAUGCGAAUGCAGCACCAGCAGCCGCCGCAGCAGCAGGAGAACAAUGUACCAAAUUUGGCCGACGUUCUGCCCAAGCACGAUCCGCAGCUGGUGAAGGUGAUCAGGGGCGUAAGCAGCACGGACACUUUGAAGGCUCGUGCGGCCAUCAACGAGCUGGCCGCCAUCAUCGAGGCUCCGGAAAAGCAGGCUGUGCUGCGCGACUAUGAGGAAAUAUUCAUUCAGAAUGUGCUGGCACAAUUCAAGAAUCUCUCACAGAUACCAUCGGCUCAGUCGGUGGUCGUUUACCAGCCGCUACUUUCCAUUCUCUAUACAUUUUUCCAUGCCAACAUUCUGGGCAAAACGCUGAGCGUGGCCUGCAUUAAAAAUCUCAUGUCGGCACUGCUAAACCUGAUGGCCGAUCCCAAGUUGGCCGUGGGCGAUGACAGUCAGUAUAACAAGGUUAUCAAUGGCAUUUGCCUUAAAGUCUUGGACAAGGUGGAUUUCACGAAUUUAAACUGUGCUCUAAUCCGUCUUUUGCGCGAGACCUGUCCGGAGGCCAAGCUGCCCAAGUUCACGGAUCUGCUGAUGAAGUGCAUCUGGCGCAACGUAAAGAUGAUGGCCGAGCGCAGCAACGAGCUGAACUACGACGCCGUCAUUCUGGAGGUGCACGAGUUUAUGCUGGCUCUGCCCAGCACCUGGUGGCAGAACAGACCGUCGGAUACGCCAAUGCGCACGAUCAAGACCAUUCUGCACAACAUGGCCAAGGUCAAGGGCAAUGCCAUUCUGCAGCACCUCAAUCAGAUUCCCACACACUCGGAGCUGCACGCGUAUUUGCUGCGCAUCCUUAAGAAUUUCCAGAAGGAUGGCAUUGCGGCGGGAAUUGGUGCCUCCCCGCAGAGAGCCAAGGAGAUUGCCUCCAAGCGUAUUUCGCACCAAACUCAUGAUACAGUAUCGCAGAUCUUUAAGCUCAUCUCGGAUAGAGAUACCAAGCAGCAGGGUCUGCAGAAGCUAUACGAUUUUAAGCAACAAAAUCCCGACAUCGAUCUGAGUACCUUCCUGCAGGGCUCCAGUGCCACUUUCCACAAGUACAUCGAGGAGGGUCUGGCCGAGAUCGAGCGCAACCAGAACGCCGGCUCCACACAGGCGCCGGAUAAUCGCACGGAUGCCAACUACCAGAACAGCGGUCACGAUGCCGACUUUUGGAUGGACCGCCUGCAGUAUCACCUCUCCGGCGGAGGAGUGGCCGGUAAACUGGCCUCCGCCCGUUCGGCAGACGACGGAUCGCACAUGCUGGACAACAAGGUGGCCGACGAGAAUCUCUGCCUGAACGGGAUGAACGCACAGAAGGCGUCGCUCAUCAAGCGUGAUAAGCGCGACAUGUCGCCCAAUCGCUUGCAGCAUCUCCAGGCAAAGCUGGCCCAGAUUAAGAAGGAGAAUCAUGCCCAAUAAGCUGUGCGCUUCCUGUAGCUGAAGAAACAUUAGCUAUAUAAUCGGCGGCAGCUAUAAAGAAUUAUACAGCAAAAGAGAGACACUCAAAACAAAACAAAACACACUGAACGAGCCAGUUCUCGUAAACUACAUGGAUCAUUUAUUAUUUAACAUAGUUUUAUGCUUACGAAUCGGCACAUAUAUAUAUCCACGGUAAUAAUGUGUAGUAACAGGAGCAGCAGUGAGUGUCGGAAGCAGCAGCAGGUUAACAACAGUAACAAUAAUUAACAGAUCACACUAUUACUAUGUCUCCUUCAACUAUAUAUUGUACUUUAACUAAUAACAACUGAGAUCGGUCUUUGUA